AUAAGACACAACACGAUCUCAAGAUAUACAAAAUAUUGACUUUUAUAUUUAUCUAUUGUUCUUAUUAUUUUAUUAUAUAUUAGAAUUAUUACUCUUAUUUUUAGUGUUUAAAGUUAUUUGUUUUAAUUUAGCUAAUUUUUUAUUCAUGUAUAAAAUGGCUUCAUUUGAAGAAUAUAACAAAGAAGAAGAAAUUUGCCAAGAUUUAUCUAAUAUAGCAAUUAAUGAGAGUAGCUUUUGUGAAAAUUCAUCUUUAGAAGAUAGUGAUUGCAGCAGUGAAGAAUCUAUUGAAUUAAAAGUACCAUUUAAAGUUGGAAUGUGGGAUUUAAAACAUUGUGAUCCCAAAAAAUGUACUGGUAGAAAAUUGAUGAGAAUGGAAAUGAUCGACAAACUAGGAUUCUCAGCUAUGUUCAAUGGCAUUGUUUUAUCGCCCAUCGCUACUGAAACAGUAUCUGCAAAAGACAGUAUCAUUAUGUCCAAAUAUGGAGUAGCUGUUGUUGACUGUUCAUGGGCACGUCUUCAAGAGACUCCAUUCCAUAAAUUACAAAACAAAAAAGCAAAAAAAAACCUUAGACUAUUACCUUAUUUAAUUGCGGCUAAUCCUGUAAAUUAUGGUCAUCCAAGUAAACUUUCCUGUGUAGAAGCUUUAGCUGCAGCUAUGUAUAUAACAGGUUUCAAAGAAAUUGGUGACCUAUAUUUAUCCAAAUUUAAUUGGGGUCCUACAUUUAUUAAACUUAAUCAAAAUUUACUAAAUGUUUAUGCUAAAUGUAAAGAUGGGAAAGAAAUCAUUUUAUUCCAAAAUAAAUAUUUAGAAACACUUGAUAACGAUCGACAUAACAAAAGAAGCUCAAGUUCAUCGAGUGAAUCCAGUGACAAUGAAUAGAUUUAUAUAAAUUAAGACUUUAUAAUGUUAUUUUAAUUUGAUGCAUAUUUUUAUAAUUGGAGACUGAUACAUAAAAUUAUUUUAAUAUCUGCAUUUUAUCAUUUAUAAAUAAAUUAUAAAUGUCAAAUAUAUUAUAAUUUUUGAUUAUAA